UCGGCAAGAUGAAAGCCCUCCUCGCGAUCGUCCUCGUGCUGUGCACAUACGCUACCGGAUCACCAUUCUCGCGACAACGUCGAGAAAUUUACGCUGGUUAUGGACAUGGUUAUCACGCUGGGUAUCCUGGACAUGGUGUCGCCUUGGCAGGACCAUUACUAGGUCAUACAAGUGUGGCUGGUCCUCGCGUCGGAGCAUCCGUUCUUUCCGGACCUUCGAUUGGACCAGCCAAAUUAUCCGGCUCUGCUUCUGGACCGGUUCACGUAUCUGGUGCUGUCGCUGGACCAGCCGUCGUUACUGCUUCCGUUGCUGGACCUGCAUAUGUCGAAGGUUACAAUGGAGCAUACGAUGGAGGAUACUAUACUUCUCCUUCUCUCGCCGGCUAUGGUUACACGGGUUCUCCCGGCUAUGUCGGUUACACGGGAUACGCAGGACACGCAGGAUACGCAGGACACGCAGGACACGGCGUAGUCCUCGCAGGACCUGCGUCCCACGGUGCCGUCGUAUCAGGACCUCAUUCUGGCGGCUCGGCCGUCGCCGGUCCUCAUGCCGGUUCGGUGAUCAUCGCUGGUCCCUCGGGAAAAAUCACAGCUCAUGGUGCCGGGUACGGUGGCGUUCAUGCUGGAUUACAUAAUCACGGUCAUUGGUAACGAGAGUGUUGUCCCUUGAAACUCAUUUGAAAAUGUUCAAAAAUAUUCAAUGUCUCGUUCGGCAAUUAUUUUCUAUAUAUGAUGAUGAUAGAUUCGUUCCUUCUCUUUUUUUUCUUGUUUACCCUUUUUUAUUAUUUUGAUAUCUUUCUAAUCUUUUUUCCAAAGCCAACAAUGUCAUUCAUUAACUUGAUAUU